GGAGCCUUCCUUGAAAAGAUAAAUCACAACGCUGUUUUUCCUCUUCAAAAAUGGCAUUGGGCGAUUUUUGUAAUUAUGUCAUGAAGAACAGGCUAUUUAAAGAAAGGCACUGCUCUGAACUCAAUAGACAAUAGUGAUACUAUGAUAGUAACUUGUGCCAGUGCUCCUCUCUCGCUCCCUCAGCUCCUCUCUCGCUCUUUGACUGAUACCAUAUAUACUUCCAGUGCUCCUACUCGUAACAAAUGGCGUUACGCUUGCUUCUUGUAAUGGCGGUAUUGCUCUUUUGCGGAGCCCAGGUUUCAUCUGAUGCCAAAAUCGAAAACCGGCAAACCCAGGAGGUGAAAGGAGCUAAUAGAAGGCUUUUGCCUUUCGUGGACUGUGGACGGUUGUGCAAGGUGAGGUGCAGUUUACACUCGAGGCCAAACGUGUGCAGCAGAGCGUGUGGCACGUGCUGUGCAAGGUGCAAGUGUGUUCCGCCGGGGAUCUCUGGGAACAGGGAAAUGUGUGGGAGGUGCUACACCGACAUGACCACUCAUGGCAACAAGCCCAAGUGCCCUUAAUUAGCCCAACUUCUGAAUCUAAACAAACCCUUCUCUUUUUGCCAUAUAUGUCUGUUGCUCUUUCUGGAUCCAUCGUAUCCUAUCUGCGACUCCUUUCUCAAUGUAAUGAAGAAGAAAAAAACACUUGUAGUUUCUUUUUCUUUUUUAUAUGCCUUCUUCGU